AUGGCAUCCAUGCUCAUUCUCUCAACCAUAAUUGGCCUGGCUCUAGCCCAACAGGGCCGCACAAUGACCCUCCCCAACGUCUACGGCGACGCAAACUCCGUAGCCGCUUCAGUCGUCACCGCCAACCCUUCAGCCACCACCUUCGCACUGGCCUGCAUAGAAGCCGACUGUGGUCUCUUUCCCGCACAUACCCUUGUCGUAGGCCCAUCAACUUACAACGUCGAUAUGUCCGACCCCAACACCGACUUCACAGCAACUCAGGACUGUGCUCUCGCAUCCAACAGUGCGGUCUGCAAGGAAACUGCUGGUGGCAGUGAAGCGAACUUUCCAGGAUCGAGCACCACGACGUAUGAGGGCACUGAGAUUGGGAAGUUGACUGUUACGGUUACGGCUGGGGAGGACAAGCUUGUGCAGACCGGCUCUAUGGGUGGAGCCUCAUCCGCUAUAGCUCAGACCUCAACUCACAGUGCGUCGAAGAACGCUGAGACAGCGAGCAUCACGCCGGCGCCGGUAUCAGGUAGCGCUGCUGUGUCUGCCAGCGCAUCGAGGACGGGCUCUGCACCUGCACAGGUUUCCGCUGCGGGAGCUGCAAUCAAUGCCAUGGUUCUUGGUGGGGGUUUCGUUGGUGCAGCAGCAGCUCUUGCACGCCUUUCUGCUAGCUCUUGA